ACAUUCUCCUCCUCCUCAUUCUCUCUCUCCUCUCUCAAAUCUUGGCUUUGUUGGAUCCCGAUAAACUGCAGCUCUCUCUCUCCGAUCUCUUCCCUCAGAUUUUGGCAUGAUUUUCUAUCCCAUCAAGUAAAAAAAAUCAGCAAGAAGAAUGCUGAGGCAAGAAUUUCUCAAGAAAUGGAUAAUGGGGCUCCAAAUUUGCAGCGCCUCAAAGAAGGAAAUGAGCGUACUGGAGAGGAAAAAGGCGAUAAAGCUAUCGGCGGAUUUGGCCAUAGCCUCAACCAGAAAUGGCAGCACUAAUUGGAGCCGCGCCCUAAUCGCCAAUGCUUCAAAAGAAAAUGACAACACCACCCUCGUUGAUCAAAUACUGGGUAAAGAUUCCGAGAGCAUGAUCAAGAAAGCCUCGAAUCCGUCGGCUUUUCGCGACAAGAGAGGGACAACCUGCAGAGGCAAGAAGAUGUUGAGAAACAGAUGUUGCGGGAUUCGGAGAGUGAAGAAGAUGGCUGAAUCGGCUAGUUCGAUUGCGAAGAAAUUGGUGAAGAAAAGAACACAAGUGCUGAAGAGGCUAGUGCCAGGCGGGGAGUCCAUGGAUGAGUUCAGUUUGAUGGAAGAAACCCUAGAUUACAUCCUCUCACUCCGGGCUCAAGUUGAUGUAAUGCGGCAUUUUGCUAAUGCCACUCCCCCUAAUUAAUUUGAUUCAUAAAUAGGGUUUGCCAAAAUUGCCCAAAUGGCCUAAUUAGUUAUUGUUUCUCCUUCUGCCUUUUACUUAAUUUUGCAAGGAGAAUCAAAUUAAUGAAGGUGGUAUAGUUGAGGCAUGUUUUUAUUUAAUAUGUGAAACAUAUUAAUGGGAAUUAUAGCCUUUUGAAUCUAA